AUGGCGAGCAGACCCCAUUCCUUCUACUCUCAGACCAAGGGUCCGUCCGUGGCUGUCAGGCGACCAGGAUGGGCGAACCUGUGUGGAGGUGCGUGCGUUGGUGCGCGUUGUUUCGAACCGUUAUGCGCUCAUACUUGGGGCGACGCAUCGACUGAGAGCGAGGCAGCCCGUGGAAGUGAACACAAUGCGAGAAAGCCAUGGGCGCGAAGGGGAAGUCGCGUUUGUGCGGGCAUGAGGUGCGUCGUCGGGAUGAACCUGCCCAGCAGCGGACACGUUGCUCCUUUACGCCUGCCUAGCAUCGCAUCGCCGGGCAGUCCGACGGUUUUCACCGCUGGCGUGUAUGUCUUUAUCCAAGGACUGGAAGGCUCAAUGGGCACUUGCUUGGCUGCGCAGCCACCCGGGCACUAUUCGGCUGCGGCUGCGGCAAGCAGAGCCUCAACAUCAACGGCUGAGGCGCAAUAUUGGCUAGUGAAGCUUUUCUUGUGGAAGGAGAGCCUCGCUGGAAGAAUCCAUACGAGCGCAACUUUCUUCCUGGCGCACUGA